AUGAGUUUCCUGCCCGUUAAGUCUGUUGACGACGAAGACAUGACUGGAGAUCAGAGCUCUUUCGAUUAUUCAGAAGAGGAGCCUGACUCAAGAGCUGCUAACCCAGAUAAAUCUGACCAUUUUCCGAGGGAGCUGAACGACAAGGCCAAACUCUGCCGCUUCCUGUGCUAUGGUUCGGAGGGGGACACAUACACACCCAGAGAAGAGUUCCAGCCCCGCAUGGAGAGGGCUGGAGCCCUGCUCUCCCUGCUCCAGGAGGGCCGGGGCGGGGAGGUGGUGGAGGAGGUGAAGAGGUUUGUGGAAGGCGGCCACGUUGCCUGUCUUAACCCAUGCCUCUUUGGGCUGGCGUUGUGCUCCCAGUGCUCUGAGCUGCAGACCAGACAGGCCGCCUUCAAAGCCCUGAAGGAAGUCUGCCGGGAACCCUCUGACCUCUUCGCCUUCAUCCGGUACAAGAAGGAGCUGGUGGGGGGGAUGAGGUGUGCCAUGUGGGGCCGUGCGUUGGGGAAGGCUUUGUCCGACUGGUAUAACCAGCAGGACGCCUGGCAUCUGGCCGCCGCGGUAACCAAAUGUAAACAAAGAGCGGGCUGGUCCCACAAGGAUCUGCUGAGGCUCUCCCACGCCAAAGCCUCUAAAGACAGUGACGAUUGUGUUGAUUAAAACACGAAAGGAUGGAAGGAAGUGCAGGUGUUGUAUGCGGACCGGGAGAACCUUGAGGAGGUGGUCCAGGUGCUGGCCUACUUGGCGGCGGUGGAGAGGGUAAAGCAGCGCUGUGAUGAAGACGAGGUGGUCCUUCUCAUCGAGGUGCACCGGCUGGAAGUGGAGCAGCUGCUGACCGUACACCUUAAGUCCAAGCAGGUAUGGAGGGCCUUGUUGAAGGACAUGCCUCUUGGCUCCGUGCUGAGGAUUGUGGGUAAGAUGACCGCCGGGAGCCGGGAAGCUUGGACAUGA